GUUUCACUUCGAAAAACUGAAAAUAAACUCUUGUCAAGUAUUUGUGCCUAAGUUGGCAGAUUAAUCAAUAAGUAUGUCUCUACCCCCAACUGGAAGUCUCAUGAAUAUUAAUGAAACUAAUCGAACUGUGGAAGACCCGAGUAUUGAGAGGAAAAGUGUAAGAAUAUAUGGCAUACUGCAAGACCAUGACUUCCGUGCUUGUAUGGCAAUACUGAAGGAUCCAAAAACAGAGGAGAAACUACAACUUGACACACAAUCAGUAGAACCAUUCUCUGCAAGAGUAGGGACCUUUGUGCAAGUCAUAGGAGAAAUUGAGACCACUACAGAUGAUCAAAGAGUCACAAAUGGUGGAGUUGCCAUGUUGCGUUGCAGAGUAUUGCGUAGUAUGGAUGGUGUUGACAUCCAUAUGUACAACAAAGCAUUAAAAGUUCAGACAGAAUUUUUAACUAGUUGCUCAGGACCAAAGAUUUGAAUUGCAGAAAGGCGUUCAAAAUAGCAGUAUCAAGUUAUAGCAGUAUGGUAGCAAUCACCAGGCAUUAAAAGCACCAAGGAUUGUCAGGAGAGUUACUGGAUUACCUCACAAUAUCUGGAUCAUCUUGCGCAACUAAUGUCUUGUAAAGUUGAAGCAGGAACAAUAGAUGAGUUGCCUUAAAAUAUGGUUCAGAUGUGGAGGUA